AUGUCAACGAUACUCGAAUAUUUCUCAAAAGGCUACCAAAAUCUACGGGAACUUCAACAAUCAGAAGAUUACGUAUCGUUGAAUGCGUCAAUCCAUACGAUUGUCUUUUACACCUUGAUCCUCACAGUCGUAUUGGAAGUUUGGUCACUUCCUACCCUUCAGCUACUGUGGAACAAGCAACCCAAUGGACGUGAAUUGUAUGCCAAGGCCUUGUUUUGGAACAUCUUUAAUCAAUACGCAUUGGCCAUUCCACUCUAUUCCGUUGUGGGGACCUUCAUGACUCGCAACGAUGAUUACCAUUAUUAUCAUGACAAUAAUGCAAUGAUCCGCAACUUGGUCGAGGUGGUUUGGAUCUUGGGAGGUCAUGCCGUUGGGUACUAUCAUGUCCACAAGGCCUUUCACUUGUCACCCAAAUGGUACAAGUAUCACAAAUUUCAUCAUCGAUUCAAUUCCUACGUCCCACCUUCGGCGGCCAAUGCGGUAGAACCAGUCGAAUACAUCUUGGCCUAUCUAUUGCCCUUUGUGGUGACCCUUGCCCUUUGGCCGCCAUUUUUCACUCCAAAAAUUCAUCGACACAAUGUGUCCAUGGCCACCUUGGUGAUUUCUGUAUUGAAUUUGUUGGUACACACUCCAAAAUUGGAACAAAAGUACUUAGUGGCGUCUACUACUACUUCAAACAACAACAACAACAACAACAACAACAACAAUUCUUGGACUAGGUGGUUUGUUUCAACGGAAGAUCAUUUGAAUCAUCAUCGCAAAUUAAAGUGUCAUUAUGCAUCACCGACCUUUAAUGUCGACAACAUUGUGGAUGACGUCAAAGAUGCAUGGUCGUCUGCAACACUGAAGUAA